UGCUGACUAAAACGCCUUAAUUGCAUGCAUUUACUGCAUCGUCGUCUGGCAGCACGUCUUCUGGCAACAGACGAUCGAGGUCGCGACUUCCGUAGGCAAAAAUCGUGAAGAUUUCUUGCUAAUAAUACCGUUUUCAGAAUGGGUGUGGAAGUUGAAACUAUUACACCAGGAGAUGGGAAAAACUUUCCCAAGAAAGGUCAAACCGUGAAGGUGCAUUAUACUGGAACCUUAACAAAUGGUAAAAAAUUUGAUUCGUCUCGGGAUCGCGGUAAGCUGUUCGAGUUCAAAAUUGGACAGGGACAGGUCAUCAGAGGCUGGGACGAAGGAGUAGCCCAGAUGAGUGUUGGACAGCGAGCCAAGUUGACCUGUUCACCAGACUAUGCCUACGGUGCUGCCGGUCACCCUGGAGUUAUUCCACCUAAUUCGACGCUGAUCUUCGACGUUGAGCUGGUGAGCAUCGGUUAACAUGUCGGCUGCAGUCAGUCACACACCCUCUCCUUGGAGUCUCAUGAAUUUUGAAUAGUGACAAUUUAGGUUUAGUGUAUUAGUAGAUAGUGUACUCAAUGUAGCAGGAACACCCUGCUAGAAACACGGUUGUGAGCCGAGUCCACUAGAUUCAGAUUUUGAAAACGAUAGAGGGCGCUACCGCACUUUCUGGCACACUAAGAUUUUGCAAGGACUGAAAAAGAAAAUGUUGUGUUUCUGGUAAUGCUGCCAAAAAAACAGAAGGGUUGCAGGUAGCGUGUUUUUGUGUGGGUUUUUUGUACACAUGUACAUAUGUUCACAACACAUGUGAUCCAUCAAUACAAUAUCCUAAAGUCUGACUUUUUAAGAAUGAAGAUAUUUUCAUUUCUAGAUUCUGCAGAACAGCUCUUCUAAUGAUAUAUCAUUUUGAGGUACUGAGUUCAGUUACGGAAAUAUAGACUGCCAUCUUGAAUUGAAAUUAAAUUGAAUUGAAUUUAAAAAAAGAGAAAUGUAAAUCUUAUAUUUUUGAGAAAAUAGCAUUUAAAAUCCCAUUGAUGUUUUACACGGUGAAUACCGGGAGUCCACUUCAAAAAUUGGAUGCAAAUAGGUUUUUAAAGAUGAUAGAACAAAAACAAUUUUUAAAGGUAAACAAGACUGACAGAUUUAGGUUCCCCUUAAAAAAGAAAAAAAGUCUACCGCCCUUCAAAGUUUGGCGUUGCCCCACAUUUCUUUUUGCAGUAUGACCGUCUUACAAGCAACAAAAACACUGCAUAAGAACGGUCCCUUCUGAAGUGUACCAAUAUGUAGCGCCCUCUAUGGUUUUGGAUCUUAGUCAUGUUUAAGAAUCUAUGUAUUUCUGUAGAUUGUCUCUUGUCAACAUUCACCCAAA